UUAUUUCUUUUUACCAGACAAAACGUGAACAUGGCAAAUAUGAUGGAAUUAUCAAACAAUGCUGGUAAUGAUAAAACAACUUUAUUUGAUACAAAUCAAAUGUUUACAACUGAGCAACCGAUAAUUGAUUCAAAAGAAUUAAAUAUUUUUUCCAAUAGAAAUGAUGAAUAUAAUAAUUCUACAUCAUCAAAAGCUUUAUUACUUUCUCGUGCCAUAUGGUUAGCCUUAAAAAAAGAGAAUAUUUUUCUUGGUAACAAUACCGAAACAAUUGCUAAUGAUAUAGCAACAACAUUGUUAGAAGAAAUAGCCGAUGGCAUUAAUCAAACUUUUGUUAAUCAAACUUCGUUAUCAACAAAAGGAGAUGAUUUUCCAUUACCAAUAAUAACAAGUAGAAUUGCAGCCAUAACAAACAAACAAACAACACAAUCAUCAUCAUCAUCAUCAUCGACAACAGCUACAACUGAAGAUGAAGAUUUUUACCGUCAUCUUAUUACUGUUAUUGCCUAUUCCUUAAUUAUCAUCGUUUCUUUAUGUGGAAAUUCAUUAGUGCUCAAAAUGAUUUUAACAAAAAAGAAAUUGCAAACAACAACAAAUAUUUUAAUAGCAUGGCUAGCUGUUUCGGAUCUAUUAACAACAACAUUGAAUAUACCAUUCAAUGUUGCCCGUUUUAUUUUCAUGAAUUAUCCAUUUCCAUCACUAUUCUGUAAAUUAGUACCAUUCAUACAAGUAAUGUGUGUUUAUGUAUCAACAUUUACUAUGGGUGUUAUAGCUUUACAUCGUUAUAUGACUGUAACAAGCGCUACAUCUACAACCACUACACGUUCAUCAAUGGGUGGUUCCGGUGCUGGAACUAGUUCGUCAAAUACAAUAUUCUAUCAUCCAUUAUUGUUACAUGGUUCAUUUUGUCUUUGUAUUAUAAUGACUAUCGUAUGGUUUUUAGCCGGUUUAUUAGCCACACCACAUUCAAUGUUUAAUCAAAUUGUUUAUGUGCCUUAUCAAAAUCGUACAUAUAUACGAUGUCGAGCAGAAUAUCCACAAGUUGAUUUUAAUUUACGUUUAACGCUUUCGGUUGAAGCAUUUCUCACACAAUAUCUAAUUCCAUUGGGACUCAUCUGUGUUUUGUACAUAAAAAUUGGCCUAGUUGUUGCGAAACAAGGUCGUUUUGCACAGAAAGCUAAUAGCCAACGUCGUAUGGAACAGGAUUCAGCUCGUCGUAGACGUUUGGCUAUGGUGAGCCUCAUAUUGAUCGUUGCAAUGUUUGGCAUAUGUUGGAUGCCAUUAAAUUUAUACCAUCUGUUGGUCGAUUUUCAUCUUAUCAUCGCUAAUUUUAAUAUUUUUCUCAUUUGCCAUUGGAUAGCCAUGUCAUCGGUUUGUUGGAAUCCAUUCAUCUAUUGUUGGUUGAAUGAAAGUUUCCGUAAAGGUGCAACCAAAAUGAUUAUAUUCAUUUGUUGUUGCUGUUGUCCACGAAUACGGCGUCAAUUUUUAUUGAAAAGAAAUAUAAAUGAAUUUGUACCUUCUGUUGGUGGAAGCGGUGUUGGUGGUGUUAUAACUGGUGGAUGUGUUGUCACGAUUGGCAUCGCAUCCUCAUCAUCACCGAUCAAUACAUUGACAACUGCAACGGCAACAACAACGACGCAAAAUCGACAAACAAAUCAGCAAAACCAAACAAUUAAGAAUGAUCAUAGUGGAAAUGUCAAUAAACAAAAUAAUUCCAUAAAUGAUCAUCCGGACACAUCAGGAUGUCAAUUAUCGUCUGUAAACAAUAACAACAAUCAAAAUGAUCAGAAUCCGAAUGAUAAUAAUGGUAAUCGUACGCGAAAAAUACAUCGCCGAAAAUUUCAUAAAUUACGUUCAAUAUCAUUACGUAAUAAGAAUCCAGCUAAAUCAAUAGCAACAACAACAGCAGCAGCAGUAACUGUGAUGAAUGUCAAUAGUAAUAAUAACCGAAUGAAAUUCAAAUACAAAAAAAAUGCUUCAGCAACAGCAGUUAAAAUCAACGAACCAACGGAAAAUCAAUGCCAUUAUAAUGAUGAUCAAACAGAAAUCAAUAAUAAUAAUAUUUUAGGCUGUAAACAUGAGAAAGUAAAAGAUGUCAAAAAACGCUCAAAACAUCAAAAUCAAUCGUCAACAUUGCAACUAGAUUCAAGACCGAGAUCAUAUGUCAAUAAUAACAAUGAUGAAGAAAUCAUCAACGAAAACAACAACAGUAGUAAUGGUAACGAUGACAGUGUUACCAAUCAAAUUGUACCGGCCAAAACAACUACAACAAUCAAAACAACAUAUGUUUGAUUGAACGAACUGUAUUAUAAUAAUAAUUGUAAAAAAAACAUAAAAUAAAAAUGAUUAUUUCCCGAAAAAGUCCCAAUUCUUUC